AUCCGGGACAGCCAAGUGAGGCCCUACCUAGCACCCCAGAUGGACUCCUCUAAACUUGUAAUCUCUACGGAAGGCUUCCAAGAUAGUCUAGAUUGCUGUCCUGGUGGGAACAGGGAGAAGCAUCCCACAAAGCAGGCUUCUCCGGGGUCUCGCCUCCCAAGCCCGGGAGAGAAGGUGUAGACCUGGAGGGCCUAGAGUCGCUUCGGCUUCUUGCCUCGCUCCCUCCCGUCCCCACACUGACCCUGUCCCGCGUACCUCCGGACGCGGACCUGCAGCUGGGGUGGCGAUUAAAUAGCAACAAUACUAUUUCUUGACCUGUGGAGGGGUUACACGAGUGUGUGUUCUCUUUGUGCAUUUUUCUGUUUUACUUCAACAAAAAAAGGCUUAUCAUAAAAGCACUGAGGGCCAGAAUAAUGGCUGUGGCCCCUCAAAAAACUGCAGAGGUGGGGAUGAGGUAGAGGCAGAGGAGGGCCUAUGGGUGUGGCUCUCCUCUCACACCGUGGGCACUGGUGCCAGAGCCCAGCUCUGCGCCUGCCACCAGUAGGCCCAGGGUCAGAUGAAUGAAGGAAACCAGGAAGGUGCGUCCACCUUCCAAACCCUAUGUGUCGCAGGAUUGUGCAUGGUCAGAGAUCGGAAGGACAUUCCUAGAAUGGAUGACCCUGUAGUCACACUCUGAUGCUCUGUUCAGAGGGCAGGCCCCGCUUGCCCCCAGGCCGGAUUCUCGCAAGGGCAUGAGCCGGGCGGCUCAAUCUCAUCUCUGCUCGUGCUGCUGACGGCUCCAGGGUGGGGCUCACAGGCCGCCGGCCUCUUUUGGCCUAUCCGUUUGGGUCACAGCCCCGGCAGGCCAGGGCCCUCUGACGGAGUUGGGGAAGGGCCCGAGCAAGGGGCAGGAUCCGGGAUAAAAGCAGCCGCGGAGGCGUCAGAGCGGUUGCCAACCUGACUCGUGGAGCUAUGUGCAUAGCUGAUCCCAAAUUCCGCGGAAGCGAAACUUGCCGGAAGCCAGGGGAGCCCCCUCAACAGAGCAGGCGCCGCGGGAGCGGGAGUGCAGCCGUUCCGGCCCGAGGCCCCCGCUCCCGGGGGCCCCCACGCCCUAGCCGAGCGCUACAUUCGGAGCCUCGCGCUCUUCACCAGCAGUUGCUCUCUCGGAUGCAGCGGGUCAGUAGCGGUCUCCCCAACGGGAGCCAGUCAGCUUCCCGAUGUGCCAGCGUUGCCUUCACUGAACAGAACCAGGUGGCCACCCUGCCAGUGCAGCAGCUCACGGACGAUGUGGCAGCUAUGCGGGACAACGUCCAUGCGGAGGAUGGCUUCCAGAUGAAGAUGUAUGCCCAUGGCUUCACCCCCGAGGAGCUGGUGGUUCAGGUGGACGGUGGAUGCCUGAUGGUGACCGGCCAACGGCAACUGGAGGGCUGCAGCCCAGAUGGGAGCGGCUUCCGCAUGGCACAGAAGGUGCACCAGCAAAUGCCACUACCACCAGGCCUGGAUCCCGCCGCCAUGACCUGCUGCCUGACACCCUCUGGCCAGCUGUGUGUUCGAGGCCAGUGCCGGGCGCUGCCUUGCCCUGAAGCCCAAACAGGACCGGCCCCAAGACUCAGGAGCCGCGGCUCUAAGAAGGGUUCCAAACUAGCCUGACCCAGUAAACAACCGUAGUGAGCAACAG